AUGGCAUCUCCUACAGUGUUCGGUGACGCCUCUCCGGUGCAGCAGCAUCGCUCUUCGGAAGCGCGAGACACGAAGCGGCAGAAGGUCACUCGAGCGUGUGACAACUGCAAGUCUCGCAAAAGAAGAUGCACUGGAGAGCUGCCUUGUUAUACGUGCCAUGCGAACGGAGCUCAAUGUACCUAUCGUUCCCGAUAUACUCGUGGCCGACUGGUUGCUCCUCAGCCAGCUAAUUACCGCGGAAGCAGUUCAAGCAAUAUCACGUUGACCCCCACGCAUCAGCAGCAGGGCAACGCGGAUAUCGCCUUUGGUCAGACACACAGCGAACCACCAGGGAACUUCCUAGGCACCCCGAGUUCAUCUCAUCAAGCUUCUCCCGAGGUGACGAACACUUCCGUUGGCCACUAUGCAGGCACCAUCAGUCCUCACGUGUUUCUGCGACGGACGUUGCAAAGACUCCAGGACGAUGAAGCUGGCGUCAAUUCGACGCCCGCUCUCGACGGAUCGUCUACAUCUAUGUCCAUCUUUGCACACGGAGAUAGACCGGCACCUGCAGUGGAUCAUAGUGCAUCGACACUGCCGUCUUACCAGUCCACAUCGACCCUCCUCCAACAUUAUUUCGAUCUUUCAAUGCCCACAAUAAGAUUUCUACAUCGCGGUACAGUUGAAACUUGGCUGGAUGCCUAUCACGAUGCGGAAUCCAGAGGCGGAAGCGCUGGCCAGCGAUAUCCCGCCCGCGAAGCUGUAGUACUUGUGGUCAUAGCUACAGCUCGCCUGUUGAACGUGGAUGGCGGCAAAGAAAUUCUCGACGCUGAUGAGACUUCUUGGCACGAAGCUGAGCAUCUGUACCAGAUGGCGCAGAGAAGGCUGCAAUCAGAAACGGGUCGUUGCAAGCUAGAGAGUGUUCAAGCUCGGCUUGCCUCUUGUUUGUACCUGUUGCAAACCUCCCGACCAAUGCGAUGCAAGUGGUAUAUGCUAGGGACGACAGUACAGCUGCUAUUCAGUCUGGGUCUCCACAGGUCUGACAACAGCAAGUCAGAUGCAAUUAUUCGAGAGUGUCGCAAACGCGCCUUCUGGGCCUGUUCUACCCUCGACACCUACCUUUCGGUCAUCAUGGGAGUUCCGGCUCUCAUCAAUUUAGAAGAAGUCGACCAGGUGCUACCAGAGGCGAUAGACGAUGGUUGCCUUGCUGCGACGGGUGUGACUUUUGAUCAAAACAGAAGAGAUAGUAUCAUUCAGGCAUCGAUUUCGCAUGCCUGGAUCAUGCGUAUCGUGAAGAGAGCCGCCCGCGAACAGUAUCUAAAGGAACGGAAACGCGGUGCAUAUGAUCUGGAAACUGCCGCAAGAUACAACGCUGAAGUGGAUGCUUGGCAAUCGUCGCUGCCUGCCGUGCUCUCGGGCGCAAUACACCCAUCCAGUUUGGUUGCCACAUUUCGUCGGCAGCUGACUGUGAUAACACUUGCACACGCUCAUGCGCAGAUGCUCAUUAACCGACCAUCUUUGCUCGUCGAUUCAUCCCGGUCCACACUGAGAGACGCUCAAGUCCAAUUAAGUCUCCAGGCAGCUGAGAAGGCGUUGGACACUGUUCUAACAACAUCGUUUACCAAGCACAUCUUCCAAGCAUUCUGGCACACACAAUUUGUGUCAUUCAAUGCCAUAUCGAUCAUCUAUGUCUGGUUUGUGCAGCGCAAACACGGGCGCUUGCCGCCGUUGAGCACACCACUCAAGGAGUCCCAACUCUUCGAGCUUGCCCAGUCCGUUCAGCAGCAUUUGGCAGAAGCAACCAAAUCCAAUGCUCCCAGCCUCCGCUACAACAUCGUGCUCGAAGAAUUGCAGCAAGAGGCGCAACGCCCAGUGGCUGAACACAGACAAACACCGCCGGCAUCUAUCCCAUCACAGCAGAACCCAGCUCUGACCAGCCACUUCGGAGGUUCAAUGGCAGACCCGAACAGCCUUGCCGAUGUGGACCGAGUACUGCAGUCGGUCGAGGCUACGAUGCCUGUUGCGUCGCUGGAUACAUACAGCAGCGAUUUCGCCCUCGAUCCGAAUCUGUGGCUGACACUGGAUUCCUUUCCUUUUACUAGCCUCGAGCUGCUCGAUUGA